GUUGGCCAUGAGAGGAGAGAAGUGAAGUCAGUCACCUGGCGGUGAAGGACAGUAAAACAGGAAAGAAGGGGAAAAAAUCUCUUUCCCCCUUUCUCUCGCUUUUCUGCAAAGAGAUCCACCUCCUAAUUUCCUCUCAACUCUUCUAGCAUAACCCUUCAAAGGAGACCAUUCCCUACAGACUUUCUUAUCUUUAUUUUUAUUGAGAAAAUAUCUUUAGCAGCAAAACAAUUUUUUGAGUCUAGGCAGGACUUGGCGGAUUUUCUUUCUGGUGAAAUUGAUCAUUGCUAAUGUCUGAGGCUCACAGGUGCUACAUUAGCUACCAGAAUAACGGAGACAGGCUGUCAUGAUAUACUCUUCUCAUCAAUUUGAACACAUUUGCCUGAAAUUUGCUGCAGGAUGCUGUCCAGUGAAGCAGAUUUUUUCCUUGGGAUGCAGCAGUUCGCUGCUUUCUAAGCUUAUUGCAGACGAAGAAGUAGUCAGUUGAAACUGAGUGGAUUUUUUUAUUAUUUUUGGCUUCUCUCCUCCUUUCAUUGACACGGGAUUUACCGGGAAAAGAUCACCUGUCUCUAUAAUCCGUCAGGGAGUAAAAAAGUGAAUUAUUUUAUUUUAUUUAUUUUUAACCGGUGGAGGAGGCGUGAUCACGGAGAAUGAGACUGAGAGGAGCUGCCAGGGUUUGGAGGACAAGGCUGAGUUUGGGCUGGAAAGGGGGAGUCUAGAUUUUUUUUUAUUAUUAUUUUUAUUUUUUUAAAUUUUGGCACAACUUCCGCGGGUCGCCUCCGUGUCGUUUAGUUUCAUUCUAUGGACCGAUCCACAAGCCUGGACAUUGAGGAGCUCAAGAUGACACGAGAACAAUAUAUACUGGCAACACAGCAGAACAGCCUGCCAAGGAUUGAAAACCCGCAACUUUAUCCAGUGGGAAUUUAUGGAUGGCGAAAGAGGUGCUUAUACUUCUUUGUCCUUCUGCUGUUGGUUACCAUGAUUGUUAACUUAGCAAUGACGAUAUGGAUUUUGAAGGUCAUGAAUUUCACAGUGGAUGGAAUGGGGAAUCUGAGAGUCACCAAAAAAGGAAUUCGACUUGAAGGCAUAUCUGAAUUUCUACUUCCAUUGUAUGUGAAAGAAAUACAUUCCCGAAAGGAUAGCCCAAUGGUCUUACAGUCUGACAGGAACGUAACAGUGAACGCAAGAAAUCACAUGGGACAGUUAACUGGACAACUGACUGUAGGAGCUGAUGCUGUGGAGGCUCAGUGUAAGAGAUUUGAAGUGAGGGCAAGUGAAGGUGAAAAGGUGCUGUUUUCUGCAGAUGAAGAUGAGAUCAUCAUUGGAGCUGACAGACUGAAAGUAACAGGCACAGAAGGGGCAGUGUUUGGGCACUCUGUGGAGACACCCCAUAUCAGAGCAGAACCUUCCCAAGACCUCAAACUUGAGUCUCCAACUAGAUCUUUGAUAAUGGAAGCACCAAGGGGAGUACAAGUUAGUGCGGCUGCAGGAGACUUAAAGGCAACCUGUAGGAAAGAACUGCACUUGCAGUCCACGGAAGGGGAGAUCUUUUUAAAUGCAGAUAUAAUCCGACUGGGAAAUCUACCAAUGGGUUCCUUUUCAUCUUCCCCAUCUAGCUCCUCAACUCCUCGACAGACUAUCUAUGAGCUCUGUGUUUGUCCUAGUGGUAAACUGUACCUUUCCCCGGCAGGAGCAGGCUCUACUUGUCAAUCCAGUAGCAACAUCUGUUUGUGGAGCUGAAAUGACUCCAGUUUCUCCUCACACCAGAAUAGCCUUUUGUUACUGUCCCUCUGCUUCACAGUUCUGCUCGGUUUCCUUGUGACAAGUUUGAAGCUUCAAAUGGCCCGCAGAGCAACUUCUUCCAGUGUAAGCAGGAAUACAAAGCUGCCUUCUCUUGUGGCUCAUGUUACCACUCAACGUAGAGAUGGGAGUGAGAUAUUCAAAAAUAAAUGUAAUCUUCAUCAGGAAACCUGGAUCAUAAUAUCAUCUUUUGUCCAAAAGAGAGAAUAACACAGGUGCCUUUGCUACGUGAAGUGAAGCACAUAGUUUAGUUUUAUGCAGGACCUGGAUAUGAACUGCACACGUAUAUACAGUACUUAUACAAAUUAGCCCAGAAUCCAAUUGUGAGAUGAAUAGGUAACCCCUGUAUGAUAAUUAACUUCACUGUCUGAAAGCACAAUUUUCCAUUCAUCUUUUUGGAUGUAAACUUUUAUCCCUGAAUUUUAAAAUUUUGAAGCAUUGUGUGAUGCUUGCUUUAUUAAACAAUUAAAAUUCAGUACAUGGUUUUUAACAAAAAAAGAAAAAAAGAGAGACAGAAUCCCUCUGAGUUUUGUUUCUUUAAAACAAAUGUGUUGUUACUCUGUCUUCUAAGUCUGGGGUUUUGUACGUUUAGGUAAAUUUUGCAAGCACUCAGCAAUAUUAAAUUUAUGGAGUUCAAAAGACAUCCGCUCUUGUUUGUCAGAUCUGAAUAGCCUCACACAGUUAUUAGUGGGUUACUGCACAUGAAGUGAUUGCUUUAAGUAAAACGUACAGUUUCUGGAAAAGAAGAACAGGAUAAAGAGGGAAAUAUUGAUGAUAUUGAACUGUCUGAUCAAAUAGGUUUUUUUCAGAAGACAUUUAUGUUUGGCAAAAAAAAGAGACGCUCUUCAGAGGUAUAUCUUGUCCAUUUUAUAGCACUUAUAGCUUGUCUAUCCGCUGCCAUAACAUAAUACGUAAAUACUAAUGUAAUGCAUAACACCAAGAAGCAAUGCAUUUACAACUGGAACGCCCCCCUCAGAUUUAUUAUCCUUUUUUCUUUUGUCAUCUGCUGUUAAGGUUUUUAAAGUAAUAGCAUUAAAAAUCCAUGAGCAAAUAUGAAAUGGCAUAGAAUAUUAACAAGUACAUUGACAUUGUGUUGACUCCACCAGGUCUGUGUUUAGAUAAAGCUAUCAUAUUUCCACUCAGCUUUCAAUAGUAACUCUCCUUUUGACUAGCUUGACCUAGGAAUUUAGUUAUGUUCCAUUUUUCAUUACCUGUUUUCUAGUAAUUGAGCUCCUGCAAAAGACACUUUGGUAUAUUGUUGAUAAAUUUGUCUCACUGCUGCUUAACAAGAGUAUCUUGAAACUUGCAGAAUCCAGGAAUGUAAAACAGAUAAAAAAUGUUUCCUAUUGUGGGAAGAUGACUUGAUAACAAUAAGGUAAGUGUGCUUUUAAAUAUUAUCUUUUCAGUUAUCCCACCCAGCUCAUAGUUUUUGCUGUGUCUAACUAUAAGAACACCAAUGCAAUGAUUUGCUUCCAAAGCUAACUCUAAAGUUGGGGAGAGUAGUAUUAAAGGGGUAAAAAAUAAACGAAAAAAUAAAAAGUGAAACUUGGCAACCAUAAUAAUGUGAUUAAUUUUCUGUUUUAGUAUCAUCUAUAGGGUUUAUUUUGUUCACUACAGGUGACAUUCACCCUUAUGAAGAAGACCAGCACAAGGUCUAUACACUGCUUCACAGCUAUUUGGCCUUGUUCUAGUCUUAUGUGUAGGGAUGAAUUUCACCAAAAAGGAAGAGCUAUCCCCUCCGCUACUACAUAGUCAAACAAGGAUUUUAAUUAGACUACUUCAUUUGCUCAGAUUUCUUCAGCUGUUAACUUUUGAGUUUUGAGACUUUAAUUCCUUGUCUUUAAUAAAGAAAAAUACUUCUGUUGUUAGUCAUUUGUUUUUCCUUUUUCUGGUACGCUAAUUCUCUGCAAUACAGGAAAUAAAGUAGCAGCAUUGUAAGAAAACUGUAGGAAUUGUCAAUGUAUAGUGGAUCUUCAAAUGACCUUAUGAGGAAAGAGAUAUCUUUCAUUUGGGCACAUAGGUAACAGAAUGUAUGUGUAAAACUCAUCAGCACAAAUGAUAUUCCAAGGAGAGGAGGACACCGCUGAAUGAGUCUGUGUGUCUGAGCUCAUACAUUCUAUCACCUGUGCCCACGUGCGUAUGCUGGUAAUUUAAAAGAUGGGCAAAAAAUUGCAGAGAAUCAUUGAUUCGGUGAAUUUAACCCUUUGUGCUGUUCUCAAAGUGUUCGUGAAUAGACUGAUUAGUUCUUUGCUGUUUAAAGUGUAUUGCGGAAUGUUUGUGCAAACAAAUGUCAGCCUCUGGGAAUGGCUUGCAAUAGUUUGCUGUGAGUCUUCCCUUGAGUAUUCUCCAUUCAUGAUAUUCGAACUGUAUGACUGGUCACCUGAAUACAGUAGAGUUUUGGUUCCCUGGCUGAAUGACCUAACUUGUAUAAACUACUCCUACUUCUGCGUGAACUGAAAUUCAUUAUAUUGCAAAAACAAAUGUAAUUAUGUGAUGAGAUUAAUUUUAGCGACAAGACUAAAUUCAUUUUCCACCAACAUUUGUAUGUUCAGGGUUGCCAACUCUUGCAAAUGUUAAUGUGAGUCUUGUGAAAUUGGACGUUUUACUUUAAGCCCCAGCUCCUGGAAACAAGUGAAUAUGUAAGAACCUCAGCAUCCAUUUUUUUAAAAAGUAAGUUUCUAGUUCUCAAGGUUAUGGAGAAAAGCUUAAAAAUGUGAUCCAAUUUAAAAAAAAAAGCAGAAGGAAAACAACAAGAAUGGAAAAAUUAUUUUAAGCCAAUCUCAUGAUUUUGGGGGCCUGACUGAUGAAUUUUGAAUGCUUGGAUUUGGCAGUACUGAAAACCUUACUUGUAUGUAUGUUUAUGAAGAGCAAAUAAGAAGGAAUGCUGAAACAAACCAUAGUUACAAGUUCCUAAAAUGCUUUAAAUUAAUGUUCCUCCCUGUUUCCCAGUUCAACUGGUGGUCGUGCUAAAAAAAAAAAAAAUGCAGCUGCAAACACCCAUGCAUUUAGUUUUCGAUGGAGGGCUCGUGGAUGCUCUCAGCAAAUAGAUCACACAGAAACAGGGAGUGAUAUCAUUACAUUUCGGCUAUUGAUUUUAUGAAGCUGAGGUGUAAAGUAAAGGAGGUCGCGUGUUCAAAACCGAAGGAUGUUUUUCAUUGCUGUCCUUGCCACCUGUCACCUUGCUGCCUUGCUCUGCUCAUGAUAAAGCAACUGCAACCCUUUCCCCCAUUAGUAUGCUUGACUGGCUGAAUGUUCCGAUACCCCUCUUUAGAAAAGGUAUGCAACUUCUUGCCGUGGCUAAGGCAACAGCUUCCGAAUUUCCAGGUCAUUGCAUUGUGACAGCUGCAGGGCAGGGGUGAGAGUCCCAAAAGCAUUUUUAACUCUUUUUCUUUUCAAUUAGUAAAUGUCCAAUUAGGAAAAUAAUACCUGGGGCUAAAAAAUAAUCCUCUCAGGUGCUUUAUAAUAUAUGAAUACAUGUAUCACAUACUGCCUCUUUUUAUUAGCUUAUUAGCUUGGGCGCUACUGAAGUGGUUUUGUAGUUGGCUCACCUCCUCAAAAUUGCUCAUAUGGCCACAAUGAAAUAUAAAAAAAAGACCUUGUUAGCUACAUGUAUUAAUAUUUAUUAUCGUAUAAUAUGUUGUAAAAACGUCCGUUAUAAUAGAAAAGGAUACUGUCUCUUUCUUGUUUAAAAAAAGCAAACAAACAUUGAAUGACCUCUUUGAACACUGUUACCUGUAUGGUUUUGUACUGCAGUUCAUUCACUGGUUAAAUGUUAAAGACCAAAGACUGACACUUCUAUUAUAUCUAAUAGUAUGACACAGCUGCUUCCACUAAUUCUGUUGGAAGGAAGAGAGGAGAAGUUGUAAUUACAACAUGAAAUGGUAAUGUACUUUUGCUCUGUGCAGCAUUUUGAGAUGUAGAUUUUUUGUUCCAGAGGGAUAGUGUGUCAGUGUCCAAUUAUAUUGUUCUUCAGACAUAACAGGUUCUUUCACUGUUUGAGAUCAUGAGAAGAGGAAAGAAUGUGUAUUCCAGAAUGUACCAAAAAGUUGCUUACUUCAACUGAAUUUAUAAUUUACAUUGUUUUGCUUGUACAGUGGUUGGACCGGAUAACACAAUUCACAUUAGACCAAUUUAGAAACAGUAAACAUAAACAUAUUUAGUAUGGAUUGAAGAAACAGCCAUAGGGACUGAAAGAAGUUGAUGACGGAUGUUAAGGAUAUUCAGCUGUAAUAACCUGUGAUAUUUUUAGGGUUUCUAAAUCAUUGCCUACAUGUUAACAAAAUAAAAGCCAAACUUAGAAUAUUGGAGAUAUCAGCUGAUUCACUGUAAUGCAGAUGCAAACUGGAUAAGAGUUUGAGUGUUGUAUUGUUUAAAACCAUACUUAAAAAAAAAUCUGCUAACCAUUUUUUGUUUUGUUUUGUAACUAUCAUGUUAAUGUUUUUCUUGUGUGUAUAGAUAUAUAAAAAGAUGGAAAUAUUUUCUUACACAUACUAUGCAAUGUUUGUAAAAUUGCAAUAUUACCAAAAUUACAAAAGCUGUGCUUUUGUACUCUCUUGCUUUAUGUAAUACAAAUCUUUUUUAUAUUUAAAUUGAUUUUGUCUUAUAAAUUGUAGAUAACAUAUUUAUUCAAAAGCAGUAUACUGUAUAUUCAAGUUUUUUUGUUUGGUUUUUUAAUGAAAUAACAGCAAGGUUUUGGAAGUUGGAAAUUACUUUUGUUGAAACGGUGGAACUUCUGUAGCAUGUAAUUAACACAUAGAAUUUACAAUCUGUACUGUACUUCUUUGUAUUUGGUCUUAGUAUUUUCAUCUGGUGCUACCGUAUAACCACAAUGUGAUAGAUGAAACAGGAAAACAAUGAACAGAAUUCAUUCAGGAUGCUCAAAUGUCAAGGGGAGACUAGAAAUGUUACUAUUGAUGAGAAACCUGUUUUUUUUCUGGAUAAUUUCUAUUUAAAGAUAACUUCUGUUAGCACAUUUUCUUUUUGUUUUGUCUAAAUUUGCAAUUUGGUAAUAAUUUUUCUUGGUUCAAUCUAACUUUCUAAACUACAUACAAAACAGAGACUGCUGGAGAUUGUUUUGAUUUUAGAAAACAAACACACACCACCAACAUAUUUAGAUUGACUAUUUUGCAGACAUUCCAACCUGCAAAGUGAAUGGAUUUAUUUUCAUGCCAGGCUUGGAGAAGUUAAAACUAAGGGAAUGAUUCUAAUUUAUACUAAGGCAACUUUGCACCACUCUUUUGAAGAAAAGGAGUCUUAAAGUCAACAUAAAUUACAUUUGUACCUGUUUAGACCUCCUUAACCCUAGAGCUGGUUGGAAAUUUGUAGGUGAAACGUUUUUUGGUUGAAAAGUCCUGUGUUGUUGAAAGCAAGACUGUGAAAAUGCGUCAAUUUCAAUGAAUCUCCCAACUAAAAAUAUUCUUUAAAAUAGUAUUUUCAAGAUGUUUAAACACUUUUGAAACAAAAAAAAAUAGUUUUCCAGUUUUACUUUUUAUUUCAAAAUUUAAGUUAGACUGAAAAAAGUUAAAGAGAAAAAACAGGUUGAAAUUUAAAUGAAAUAUUUCAAAAUGAUCAGACCAAAAUGUUUCAACUGACUUGAACAAAACAAUAGUGCGGCUUUUUAGUUCACAAAAAUGUUUGAGAUUUUGACUUUUUGUCCCAAUCUAGGGCAAGAAAAAAUUAUGAACUCUUGAAAAUAUUAUCUGGACAGAAAACCAUUUCUACUUUACGCUGUCAGAAUGGUGUAAAGUGGCCUUAAUGUAAGUGUGAAUCAGGCUUGUGUUGACUAAUUCAAAAAUACCAGUGCAGUAUUCAAUAAAACAAAAAUAUUCUGACCCAUUCUAUGCAGUCAUGAAUUAGUCAUUCUCAUCCCACUAAACCUGUAUAAAUAAGUAUAAUUUUAUAUACUCUUCUAGUUUUAAGAGAGAAUCUCACCUGAAACUUUGCUUGGGCCUUGAGUUGAACCCAAAUUAUGUUUUUGACAUUUGUGUUUUUUUUUUUAAUAUCACCACACACCUAUACAGUUUGUGACUUGGGCUAGGACUGGAAGGAAAAGUGCUAGAAUACCCUGAAGAAAUCACGUGCUGUAUAUCUGGUCAGACCACAUCAGGAAGUACCAGAUAUAGAAUCAUAGAACUGGAAGGGACCUGGAGAGGUCAUCUAGUCCAGUCCCCUGCAUUCAAGCAUUCAGGACUAAGUAUUACCUCAACCCUCCCUGAGGGUGUUCGUGCAACCUGCUCUUAAAAAUCCCCAAUGAUGGAGAUUCCACAACCCCUCUAGGCAAUUUAUUCUGGUGCUUAACCACUCUGACAGUUAUGAAGAUUUCCCUAAUGUCCAGCCUAAGCCACUGUUGCCGCAGUUUAAGCCCACUGCUUCUUGUUCUAUCCUCAGAGGUUAAGAAGAACAAUUUUUCUCCCUCCUCCUUUUAACAACCUUUUAUGUACCACAACUAAACUUGUUCCACAUAAAUGAGACAGAUACCAUUAUUAGACCAAUAAGAUUAUGAGAAACAGCCAAACUUUAGAUGCUUCUCUGAGCAUCUGACCCUUUUGAUGAAGUACUUCAGAAAAGAGGUAAAUAAGCUUUAUAAGUUGUUUUCAGGGAAAAAAAAAACAAUGGGCCUUUGUUCUAGCCAUGCUACAAUUGGCACAGGACUUCAGUUGGGGAGCAAAGGUCUCUUUACACCACCUAUACAACUCCAUGAUUCUCCUUGACCAGCUCAGCUUCUGACAUAAACCAGCAGCCUUAAACAAUAUUCGAUGUAAAGUAGAGUUGCUAUUUCGGCUGCCAGAAAUACCCAAAGUACAGUUACUGCACAGGGUGUGCCCCCUACGCUGUCGGCUAUGUUGGGAGGUGGGUUAGAAUAUUUUCCACCACUAGGAGAGUUCCCCAUGCCAGGGAGUCUGGCCCAGUGAAACACUUCUAAGUUUUCUGUUUUCUGAUGUGUACACUUUUCCUGCUAAAUCAAAUGCAUCUUUAAUAGUCUCACCCUAAGUACUAUAGCAAUUCACUAGAAGGCAAAUCCUCUGUCGACAUUCCAUAGGUCUAGGUAGCCCCCACAGGUGAGAACAGGGGCACUUAUUCAAAAGAUUUCACCAAAUGUUUUAGGGCCAAAUGUGAGUUAGUGAGAGGUGUGUGUACCUUCGUGAGAAUUGCAAGGUCAGGAAAUUUUAUUCUGUCCAAAAAGAUAAUUGUUUGAUCAGUGGAAAAGACUGGUAUAUAUAUUCAGGAAAAUAAAAAUACAGGAAACUGUCCAAAUUAGUUCAACCUAUUGUAGGGAGAGUAGGGGGUUAUCCAGCUCCCCAUAAUGCUUUCUACUUAAAAUGCCUUUAAAAAAAUCACACAAAAAGAUUUACAAAAAAGUAUCAAAGAAAUACAUAACAUAUUCUAUAUUAUUAACACUAUAUAUAUGCAUUGUAUACAAGUAGAAUAGAGAAGUUACGAGUGUGCUAAUAAUUUAUAUGUCUAUAUUGUAUUAAUAACUUUAUUACAAACCUAAAUUUAGCAAGUACUGCUUAGAAUAUUCAAUAACAGCAAACAAAAUAUUAUUUCUUUGAUACAGCAUUCUCAUAUCCCUUAUAAAUUAAGGGUCUUCUGUUGCAGUGAUUUCUUCUGUGGUUUUCAGCACUUUGUAGUGCUUCUUUGAGAUCUGCUGCUGAAAAGUGCUAUAUAAGAGCUAGAUUUUAUUAUUAUUAUUAUUCUCAGGAUAGCUCAGAUGCUUCUCUGGGUUCCAUUGACCAAUAUUCCAGAACAUGUAAGGAAGGAAUGCCAAAGGCAGACUGACAGGGCCUAGAAGAAACAUUGCCAUAAAGGCAGAUAGUCAAGAUUCUAUCAGCUGCUGUGCCCACCAAAAUACUCGAUUCCACUGGCAAAAUUCACUUCGGGCCAUGAUACUGUCACCAAAGUUGUGUAUGCUUGUUCCAGAAGUGACUCAGAUCCUAUAUAUUGAAAGAACAGGGAGCAUAUAUUGACCAUUUUAUUUAAUAUUUGGAAGGCAGUAAUUAUUCUCGGGCAGUUCAUUGAAAGUGGCUGUCCCAAGUGUGCACAAUAGUAAUAUAGCUGAAAACUUUCUUACUUCUUUCAUGAAUAAAAAUAGUCAUUCUGCCAUAGGGCAAUUAUUAGCCCAGAGAAAACAGCUAGAAAGCUGAUAGGGAAGGCUGGUCAUAUAUAAUAUAAAUCAAGUCUAGUCUCUCUCUCUCUCUCUCUCUCUCUCUGAUUCUUCUUGGGAAACAUCCAUAGAAAGGGACAAACACAGAAUCCUAGAAGUAAAUGUCUGUGCCUCUCAAAUAUUGAGGGUGAACUCUAGAUGGGUGUGUGUGUGUGUGUGUGUGUGUGUGACAAAUAGAAAUAAAAUAAGCUCAGAUCAUUAAGGGCCCAAGCCAAAGCCUAUUAAAAUCAAUGGAAGUCAUUCUAUUGGCUUCAUAAGCUCUGGAUCAGGUUCAAAACCUUUAUUGAAUGUUUGUGUAAUACAAGUUUAAUCAAAUCACACCAUUAAAUAUACUAUUUCUAACAUAUACAAUUAACAUUCGUACAUUUCCACUCCUGCAUCUAACAGCUUGUGAAACUUGAGUGCCAGCAUAUUAGCAAACAUUAGUCUGGUUGUGCUGUGUUCCCUGAUGUGUCAAAAUGGAGUAUAGCAGAUGAAUUUAGGACCAUUCAGACCAUGAGACCAUAAACAGAAAUAAUAUACAUCUGUUGGCACUGCACUGCAAAUUGCAUCCCCUUCAUUCUCUUGUCCGGCUUGAGAGGGCCCAUUUAUUUAAAAAGUGCACUUGGGUUGAGGUUUGAGUAUCCCUCCUCCUGGCAGAAAAGUGUUUGUGGAAACCACUUGUCUGAAGUCUCCAGUCACUUCUAAGGAGGCUCAAUGGACUAAUGUCAGCCAUAAUAAGGGCUCAUGGGCUCCUAUCUCCUACCUAGUGGGCAGGGCAAUAAAAUGAGUCCUCCCCCCCCCCACACACACACACACAAUCAGGACUGGGGCUGGUCUUCCAUGACAUGAUCUACUUUGUCUCCAGACACAGCAGAAGCCCUUCUGUGACACUAGCAUGGCAUUCUGUGAGAGGGAGAAAUAUAGUGGCAGCCACUGGACAUGACAGGUGCCUCUGCAGCGUACAGAUUUUUCCCAGGGGAAGUCAUCUAUGCUAGUAUCACUCUUGGAGGGAGAUGCUUGAUAUGCAGGCCUGGGGACCAGAGGUAUUGAUGAUACAGCUCCAGAUGGAGCUAGGCGGCUUGUGAAGAAGGAUUUGUCUUAUAUGUGGAAGGUCUGUGGAUUCUGCAUAGACUUCCCUGCAGAUCCAUGGUGUCUGCUGGUUUUACCAGGUGUGCCUCCUUCCCUAUCUCAGUUUCCCAAACUUCUACCAGUUCUCUCUCUCUCCAGACUGGAGGUGCAUGUUUCACCCUCUUCCAGAUUCUGGUGUGGGAGGUGCAAUCACAUGUGGGCCUAGUUUGAAACACAGAUGUAAAAGAUGUGUGAAUGGAAAGAAGAGAAAGGAGGUCAACGAGCAAAAAAAGCAGAGAAAAAAGAAGUAGAGAAGGGGAAGAGCCGAGAAAAAAAGAUAGGGCCAGAUGAGGAGAUGUUGCCAUUUAGAAAAAUGAGGAUAAUAUAUUCCCUCUUUACAUUUCUGUUUGCCUCACCAGACGUUUUAAAACAUGGAAAGAAGAGACAAACCUUCAGGAGGCUGUUGACUUGCUAGGCUCUCGUGGGAUUAGAUAUGUAUUAUUGAUAGCAAAUGGAGGGUAUAGGUUAUUUUACGGGUUACUACAGUGUUUGCUAUGCCAAGCCCCUCCUGGUGACUUCUGAGCUUUUCUGUCUCUGACAGUAGCAGCACUAGAAAAGGAGCAGCUAGCGACAAGACUGAAAGUUAUUUGUAUGCAGACAGAGCCCAAGGACUUCCGGCGGGGUUUCAGGUGCACCAAGGAAUGCAAGUUCAGACUCAUUACACUAGAUAAAUGGAAAAAAAUCAGAGAGCCAGCUGGGAAAUAGAGAGAUGUCCAGUGCAUCUAUGUAUGGUUAAGAUUAACACUCAUGGGUUUUUUAAAAAGAAAACAGUACCAACCUAUCAUGCGUUUCUUGUAUUUCUCUUCAUUAGACAUAUUUAAAAAAAAUCAAUUUCUGGCAUCAAAACAUUUUGAGUUUGUCUGUGAUCACCUUCACAGCCCCCAGAAAAAUUAUAAAAGAAAACAGUCUUAUGUAGAAAUGACAGUCGGAAAAUAGUUGUGAAAGAAUUAGUUUAACAAAUAACAGCAACUCUUUUAUGUUUUGCAUUAUAGCCCAAGCACGUAUGGCCAGGUAACAGUGAAAGUGUAAAAGAAAUAUCUUUCCGUGACACAAAUUUCAUUUCAAGGCCUUAAAAUCCAUGUUAAAUUAGAUGGGACCACUCUCCCGGCUGCGAUCUUAGUUUCAACAGUUACUAAUGUGAGAGAACAGUCUACAUCUGUAGUUGUGAUUUAGGUCAUACAGUACACAGUCUACAUAAGGUCAUUCACACAAAUCCUUUAUGAUUAAUAUGUCACAUCAUACACGUCUCUCGGUAAAUCUGCACAUUAGAUGUACAACAGACCUGCCGAAAUUCUGAUACUGAAUGUAGACCGUUUGUACCUCCAGUUUCCUUUGGGGGAAGUCAAGGGUACUGUGCAAGUUCUUUCUGAAGGACAGUGAAAAUGAACAUUUUUUUCAUGCAUGUUAGCAUAUUUUUCAUGAGCAAAGCACCACAUGAGUAACCAGUUUACUGGAGUCACUCUAUAAUAUAUCUUGAUUUGAUUAUUUACCUCCAGGUUCCAAAAUCUUGCAUGGAUUUAAUCUAAGAUUGGUGUUAUAUUUUUGUUUAUCUAUAGUACAUUAUAUACUUUUUAGGAUAUUUAAAUUAUAUAUCUAAACCAUAACACUUUAUUAAUGGCCAUAUGUUGCUGAUAACUGAAAGGGAAAAAUACAUUUAAAUCAUUUUGUGUCUCAUUUUUCAGUUAUGAUUUCAGUUGAUUUAGGCAAUAUUCCUAUCUAGUUUUAGGAAACGUAACAAACCUUUCAUCAAAUUUGCCACUGUACAGUUUGUCUAUCAAGCAUCACUUUACUUAGACUAUUGUGAUAGCUAAGUAUUUACAUUCCAAGACAAACAUUUCUAAAUGGUGUAUUAUUCCCUUUUAGAAAAGAAAAGUUGUUUAUUACUAGAAUUACUGGAAAAAAGUAUAUAAAUGUAUUACCAUGUUGUGAAGUAUGAGAAGCUAUGUUAUAUCAAUUUUUAAAUAAAUGUGAAUAAAAAUCUUUAAUAUAAACCAUU